AUGGGCACGUGGGUGUAUAAAGAGGGUGCUUGGGGGUGCAAGCCCUCGGUGUGGGGGCACAGCCGAUGGUGGCAGGGGGCACGGGUGCACACAGAAACAUGGAUACCCCUCUGGAUGGGCCGAGUCAGCGUGGGCACAGGGCCACUUUGUCCUCUUGGGGCCAAUAAAGGCACCUGUUGCCCUGGGUAGAGUGCAGGCACGAUAGCAGCAGGUGACAAAAGCUCAGCUCCAGGAGCAGCCUCCAGACGUUCCCCAGCCUGCCCAAAAAUGCCGAAGCUCUUGCAGCCCCUGUCGCUCCUGCUCCUGCUCGUCCUCGCUUCCACCGCCCAGGGACAGACUGGCACGGGCCCCAAGGUGCUGCAGCCGUGGCUCAUUGGCCUGACCGCCGUCGUUGUCUUCCUCUUCGUUGUCUUCGUCGUGCUGCUCAUUAACCGGCUCUGGAGUCUCAGGAAGAAGAGGAAGGAGAACGGCCACCAGGAGACCCUGGAGACUGACAGGCUGGAGCGCUCCGGCCACGUCAACCCGGCUGCUGAGGACUGGGAAGAGCUGAGGGACGACAGGGAGCAGAGCAAGCCCGUGGCCACGUCGCUCUGA